CAAGGAGGAAGCGGCGCGGUUGAAUAUGAUCAAAAUGUACGCACAACUCCCCGUGAUGAGCGCUUUCCUAGUAGCAACCAGGCCUUGCACUGCUGGAACCGAUACAAUGAAUGGCUUCUCUGUGUCAAGCAGUCGGGUGACGAGGACAACUGCAAACCUAUGCGCCAAUUUGCGGAAUCUAUCUGUCCGGGGAUUUGGUUGGAAUCAUUUGACGAACAGCGCGAUGAUGGAAGUUUCUCCGGAAUCGGAAACAAGUUCGACGAAAAGGGGCACUAA